AUGGAAUCAAUUCAAAAGCCACAUGGUCAUGCAGACUCCUCUCCAUACAAUUUCUCUCUAUGGAACAUUUGGGUAGCUUCGACUCUCCUUAAGAUUCUUCUUUUUCCCACAUAUCACUCCACAGAUUUUGACGUUCAUAGAAAUUGGCUAUCAAUUACAAAGCUACUACCUUUAAAAGACUGGUAUUUCGAGAACACGUCUCAAUGGACUCUUGAUUAUCCUCCUUUCUUUGCCUAUUUUGAGUGGUUUCUCUCGCGGCUUGUUCCUCCCCUUGUUGCUGCUGAUGGCUGUAUCAAAUUGACGGCUCAAGAUGGAGAGUACGGUUAUUUGACCGUCAUUUUCCAGAGAUCUACCGUCAUUGCAAGUGAAAUACUUCUAUUUCUAGCUCUACAAUGGCUGAUAGACACUUCCUCUUCUUUAAAAGAGAAGAAACGUAACUUUGUCAUUGCUUGCUCCAUCUCUCUUUCUCCAGGAUUCUUCAUCAUUGAUCAUAUCCAUUUCCAGUAUAAUGGAUUUCUCUUCUCCUUUCUUGUUCUCUCUUUGGUUAAUGCUAAACUAGGAAAUUACGUCUCUUGUGCUUUCUGGUUUGCAGUUUUACUCUGCUUCAAGCAUAUUUUUCUGUAUAUGGCACCAGCUUUCUUUGUCUAUCUUCUAUCUGUCUACUGCAUCAAGCAUAGAAGGUUUUCUACAAAAGAUGGCAUUUUGGCAAAUCUCAAGUUGUUUCUAUUUGAUACUGUCAUCUGGUCUCAUUUGUUCCAGCUAGGAGCUGUUGUUAUAGCUGUUUUUGCCGUGGCACUUGGCCCCUUCAUCUACUAUGGCUCUAUGCCACAGCUUCUUAAGCGCCUAUUCCCCUUUUCUAGAGGACUCACUCAUGCUUAUUGGGCUCCUAAUUUCUGGGCUCUAUACUCCUUCAUAGAUAGAGUUUUAAUCCAAUUGGCAAAACGAAUUCCUGGCGUUGAAAAGUUUCUCUGCCUUUUUCUAAAGAAGAGUUAUCCAAUAGACUAUUCCAAUGCCAAUUCACUCACCAGGGGAAUUGUGGGUGAUGUGGAAUUUCUCUUUCUACCUGAAAUCCAACCGAAACAUACCUUCUUCUUAACCCUUUUCUAUGAAAUGCUCUCCAUGAUUCAGCUCUUCAUUAAUCCAACUUAUCAGCGAUUCUUGGGAGCAGUCACUUAUUGUGCGUGGACUUCAUUUUUGUUUGGUUGGCACGUUCAUGAGAAAGCUGCACUUCUUAUGAUCAUUCCAUUUACUUUUUGUGUUGUUCAGGAUAGAAAGCUUCUUCCUUCAUUUCAAACCUUGACAGCAGCCAGUUAUGUGUCUCUUUUCCCUCUUCUUUUUGGUUCAGCAGAAUGGCUUUUCAAAGCUCUGAUCACAUUCGUUUGGGUUGUUGUCUUCCAAACAAGUUUCAAUGAAGUGUGUCAUUUCUCUACCACUCGGACAAGGCGCGUGGUUGCUCUUGAUAGGCUCAACAUAAUCUACGUUUUCCUUCUAAUACCUAUGUGUGCCAUUAUUCAGAUGAUUGACAUUGAAUCACGCAAUUUCCCUUCAUUACAGAAGUUAGGCUUUGCCAGUUUGAUGACAUAUAGCGUCUACUGUGCCUUCGGUAUAGUGACAUCAUGGAACAGCUUCAGUUGGUUGUACUUUUUGGAUGACAGUGUAUGGGAAGAGAAGAAAGCUAUAUAG